AUGAAGGCAUUUUUACGGGACGACGACGUUUCGUCGACGUUUUGUCGACGGGAAUCGAGCGAGGAUGAGAGCGAGGAAGAGGAAGAGAGAGUGGAGUUGAAGGUGAGGCCGCGAUUCGUAUUCGCAUCGAGCCUUUGCGCCGUAUGUAUGCGUAGAUCGAAAUUACUUUGCGAGCGUUGCCGAAUGGUGUCUUAUUGCUCGACCACUCAUCGAGCGCAAGGAUCUACGAAGCAUCGCGAGUUGUGCGAACCGUUGAGCGAGAUUCGUUCGUCGAUGGCAUCGAUGCUCUCCUCCGAUAAGUCGGGGAGCGCGGGACUCGAUCCGGAACGGUAUCGCGUUUAUCGAUUAAAAUUGAUCGCGUCCCUCGAGUCGAAGAUCGGAAGACGGUUGGAGCUUUGGGAGAGGGAGAUUAUCCUAUAUCCGAGAGUUUGUCGGAGUUGCCGUUGCUUCGGCGAGGAAUCAGCGACUUGUUGCUCUCGUUGCGGAAUGGAAUAUUUUUGCGAGGGACACGGCGGGGGACACGAAAAUUGGUGCGCGCAGUUUCAAAUUUUCCAAAGGGUUUUACUUUUCCAGCAUAGGCACGGUUGGGUCGAUCCGAAAAUUCCCAACGAAUUUCGCCAAAUAUCCGUAACGCGAUCCAAUCUCGACCUCGACCGCUUAUUAUUCGAGAUAUACGGCAAUUGCCCGUAUUACAGAAACAUGGAUACUUACACGUACUCGGCGUUAUCCCAAUUGUGCACGAUUCCACUGACGGCUCUUUAUUCCACGCAAACUUGUUGUCCCGAAUGGGGGAAUAAGAUCGAAUGGACGAUUCAUCUGGUCGGCGCGGAAUUUCAAUUCGAAGGUAUAAAUUUGCGCGUUUGGGAAAAAUUGUUCCUUCAUUUUUUACCAAAUUUAAAGAGGCUCCGUUUGAUCUUGAUCGGUCCGGAAUUGCGAUUGCCGAGUGGCGUGCCACCGAGACUUUUAUCCACGGUUCGAUUGUGCAACAAGUGUAAAUCCGCCGGUAGAGCCGUUAACGUUACGUUUAAACCGGAGAUGCUUUAUCACGACGCGGUUGAACGUCUCGCUGCGCCCGAUCUAAUUUGUAUUUACAACCCUGGCCUCUACCGAAAAACCGGGUUCGAGGGGAAGGAUAGCUGGUUCGAAACGAUACGCGAGUUUUGCAAAGCAUCGGUCCCCGUUGCCGUCACCUCUUACACGAAGCACGAAAUCCUAUGGGAGAUAGCUCGUAUAAGUUCCGUCGCGGAUGCGCAAGUCGUGUUACAACCGCGUCGAAAUCCAUUUGCGUCGGUGAAACCGGACCGAAACUUUGUCAGCGACGAUACCGAUCCUCUUAUCUACAAGAAUUACUAUCUCACCAUUGUAAAAGGUGAAUCGACCAACGAUCGGUCGUAGCAGGUCGAAAGCAUCCAA